AGUCUGAGCUGCCCAAGGCGCCCACACUAACGGUUAAUCAGGGCGAGUUGCUGGAACACGUUAGGACGGCCCAGCGGGCACAGUGCGGAGCCGUCCUCCUCCCCCGGCGCCACUGACACCGCGCCUGCGCCAGGCCGAUGCAGGUGGAGUGCGAAGAUGGCGCGUGCAGUAGCGAGGCCCGGUGGGAGAUGUAGAAAGAGGGACGCCUCGCAGCUCGUCUUCCCGAAAGAAUUUGAGAGUUCAGAGACUCUGUUGAACUCUGAGGUCCACAUGCUGCUGGAGCACAGGAAGCAGCAGAAUGAGAGUGCAGAGGAUGAGCAGGAGCUCUCUGAAGUGUUCAUGAAAACAUUAAACUACACAGCCAGAUUCAGCCGCUUCAAAAACAGGGAGACCAUUGCCAGUGUCAGGAGUCUGCUGUUACAGAAGAAAUUGCACAAAUUUGAGCUAGCCAGUCUGGCUAACUUGUGUCCCGAAACAGCUGAAGAGGCCAAGGCUCUUAUUCCCAGUUUGGAAGGUCGAUUUGAGGACGAGGAGCUCCAGCAGAUUCUUGAUGACAUUCAGACCAAACGAAGCUUUCAGUAUUAACAUAACUGGCUCGGACUGACAGCUCUUUCCAGUGUUUGUCCAUCGGAGAUUGGCACCGGAGCUUCAAACUGGGACCAAGUUAUUUUAAAAAGUGAAGGUGUAGAAACUGUGGCUUGAAACAGACCAAACACGUCACACCACCUGAGGACGUGAUAAUCCCUUGGGUUAAUUCUACAUCCAGAAUCACUUAGUAAAACAUUCCAUGAGCCCUGGAAUGUAAAUGUACUCUGGAAUUGCAUGUUCUGCUAAAGAGAAAAUAUUUUUUCAUUCAGAUAUCCAGAUGUCCUUAUGUGUCAAUUUUCUAAUUGUCACCGCUGACAAACUGAAAUCUUGUAAUUCAUUCUUAGCACAUUGGCUCCUUCUUGUUUCAUUGCAGUAGGGACACACAUAGGGUCCUUGGUGAGGUUCUUCUCUGAACAAAGUCAGAUGAGAGAUGAAGUUAUUUGAUGACUACUAUUCAGAGCUCUGUGACAUCCUGGAAUACAUAUGUUGAUUGUGACAAUCAAGCCACAUUGCAUCUGUAUUUUGCUUGUCUGCAUUAUUAUUGCCAGAUGCUACAUCUGUACAGUUAUUUUGUCUGUUGUGUUUGAGCAACAUAUUCAGUGAUGAAGAGUUCUGGUGGUUAAACGGUAUCUCUUGAAAUUUGAAGCCAUUACUUUCCACUGUGUGGUCCUUUAACCAGCUGGUUGUUGAAACCCUGACAGUGGUUGAUGGCAGGUCACUUUUCUCAGGCUGAGCCCGACCUGUCAUUUUUUACUUUUCAGCAGGAAUUGAAGAACAAAGAGCAAGUUGAUCAUGGCUGAUUUGCCCAUCCAGUUGUUUUGGAGGGAUGAGGUUGAGGCCAAUCGUGCCCCUCCCUCACUGACUCUCAUCUCAUCUGAGACUGGUUAUGGCCUGAAGAUUGAACCUGGGAUGCAUGCUUGCAUUUGGAUGUUGAGGGGAAGGCCUGACAUCUCUCAAAAUUCGCUUUCUGCAGUUACAGUAAAAAGUUUGACACCAUUUGAUGUAAUAAUGUAAAUCUGUCUGGCUCACAUUGUUUUUCUAAAUCUAAUUUUAUGUAGAAUCUACACAUCUAGGAAUGAAGUAGAAAAUGAACUAAA